AUGGACCUGGCAACGAGUUUCGACAACCCAAAUCACGUGGAGCUACCGUCGGCAAACUUGCACACAAAUAGCGCAUCCUCGAAUGAGCGCUCUGGGCCCAUUGACUCAACCACCUACUGCAAGCGCGACAGAACGCCAAAAAGCUUCGCCAAGAAGCACCACCCCGGCAACAAACAGCUCACACCACCGACGUCGCAACGAAACGACAAUAACAACGUACCCCCACCGCUGCCACCGCACAAACCAUCGCUGGCAAGCAGCAACGGCAACGACAACGGCAACGAGGAUUACAAGCCACCUGUGCCGCCGCACCGCAACACCGGCGCAAUGGCCCGGAAUCCCGAAACACCAAAGCGUCGUCAUCAUCAUCAGCGAGCGAACAGCAGCGGCGAGCACGUGAGCAGGCGACACGGCGAGUCUGGCAAAUUGCAUCACCACCAUCGAAAAUCAAGUCGCUCGAAGGCCGGCAGUAACAACGCCUCCUCGUCUGCAGGCUCGGCCGCGCCGGUUCACGACUUUUCUAAGGUCGCCGACAAUGAUAACGAUGAUUUCCUAGUGCAGGUGCGCAACAAAGAUCCGGAAAUCCGCCACAAGCGAGGUCGGUCGCGGGAGAUUAAGCGUGCCACGGUAGUUGGCAACCCAAUGUUCUCGUCGUCAUCCUCCAACUCGUCUCACGACGAUCAAGCGUCCGAGGAGCAGCAGCAGAAAUCGACGUCAGCCGCAUCCGGUGCGGCCCUCGACGAUCUCAAUCUCGGCAUGGAUUACAAUCAGAUAAUGCAGUAUUUCGAGAACUUGAAAGAGUCGAACGCCUAGGGCAGGGGGGAUGGCAGCCCCACAAGCAGCCGCCACCGCAAACGCAGCAGUCUACGCUUAUUCUUCAGCUCGACGCAGCCCUGGCAGCCGGACACGGAGGCCGUGUAGACUCGUUUGCCUUAGGCACUCUCUGCAUAAGACGUCGGACGUCGCACAUUAGCGCCGAGCGUGGGCACAACUGUGAAAAUCGCUUGAUUGUUUGCCAUUAGCUUGUCAAAGGCUUGUGCCUAAUCCGAAAGAAUUAUUUAUAAGAUGUCUCUUGAUUUUAUAAGCUAACGUCAAACAACCAAUUUAUUUUUCCACCUCCGUGUACGUUCUGCGUCUGUAUCCCUCGUCCGAUGCUCUCUUAAAUGUAAAGUCUCUUACAAACACUUUUGAUUUGGAGGUUUUUUUAAGCCAGUGAUUAUCUCUCUAAUUAUUUUUAUUCGAAGGAAUUGGUUUUUGUUUGGUUCGUUCGCGCAUCAAUUAGCAAAUAUCGAGUUUUAGCAGACAGAGAAAUUUUUUGUAAAUAGUUUCAAAGAUUGGCGUCUUAUGUCUGCAUUGCAGUUACUUUUGGUAGUGAUGCACUUUUGACAUAAAGAGAGUGUGAUUUUUUGUGCUUUGUGCUUUAGAAAACCAGUGUGAGAUGGAAUUAGUGUAUAAAGCAUUAAGGAGAUAUACUCACGGUCCCGUGUACUCUUCCGGUUGCACACGCUGUAAUUCUGACCAAAACUCUUAACGAAACUUAAAGAAAAACACGUUUAAACGUGACCAAAAAAAAGAAAAAAGCAGAAAAUGAAAAACGUUUUUGAUUUGAGUGCGAGCACAACGGAAGGCGUUCCUUGAGAAUAUAUUUCUUGAUGCGAGAGUGAGCAAUAAAAAAAAGUUUAAAACGAGUCGCGGUGAAUCGAACGGCAGCUGAGUGGCUAAUUCAACUGUCGCGUGUUAAUUAUUAUUCUAGUCAGCUUUGAUAGCGCCAUGCAUAAAGAAGAAGAAAAAGGAAAUUUUAAACGAUAAGGAAGAAUCAAUGAAUAAACGUAGUAUUUGCAUCGAGAAGAUUUCACAUGACACACGUAAACACACACGCGCAUUUAAUUGCAUGCUCACGCUCUCAACGCAAAUAAGUGUGUAUAUAUAUAUAUAUAUAUAUAUACACACACUCACACACACACACAUAUACACAUAUACACAUGUAAAAUGCUAACCGAGACAGACUGAGUGGGUAUUGCUUUUUUAUGAAGAAGUAUUUCUUUCUCAAGCGCAUGUCUAUAAUACCAUAAUGCUAUACUAUAAACUAAGAUUUAAGAUCUUUUGUAAAGAAGAAAAAAAUUUUAACUUGAGUCAGUUCAAAUUAGCACAAAUAACAUAAACAACUUCUAUUAUUUUUAUCGUUGUUUAUUAUUUUUUUUAUUGUUGUAUUGUUGUACAAUAUUUUGUCAAACUUCUAUGCUGUAUCAGUUUAAUAUCACCAAGUUUACUCACUAUGUUUUUUAUACACUUUAUUCAGUAGCUUAUUUAUUUAUUUGUGUAUAUUUUAUCUUGAUAAAGAGGUUACUAGCUGCUGCUUCUAUCGAGAGCGAUUGAUAUGAUUGUAUUAAUAAAUAUUGAUAAUGUAUAUAUAAUUUGAAUUUUAAUGCAGCUGCGCAUAAUUAAGGUUAUAAUAUUAAAAAAAGAAAGAAAACUUGUAGCGUGCUAAUGUUAAAUACAACUCAAUACGUAUGAAUCAAGUCUACGAUUUAUAUAAUGGAGGUCGAGGCAUAAAGAAGCGUAAACUUUUUCACAUUGACGUUGCUAUAAGAAUGACUCGAAAUCGUAACAAAUGACGUGGAUCACUUGUGUACUAUAAGUUAUAGUUCAAAUUUAGGUCGACGUUGAUGUCGGUUAAAAUUCAAUUAUCAAGAUUUCAAUUUAUCAAGAAAUUUUUCUGUCUCUAUAGCAAAUACACAGUCAUAUUUUUAUCUACGGGUCUCUACUGCUAUAAUUAUUUAUUUGUUUUAUUCGAAAAGCAAUAAUUUAGUUUUGAUGUUCUUUCUAGCCUUUAUAUGUUUUAAUAUUUUGUUUUAUCUACACAUAACAUAUGAUGACAUACAUGACAGUAUUGAAAGAAAAAUAGUGUAGAAAAAUUUCUUUUUGUUGGAUUACAUCAUGCAGUAAAUACAAUACAACAAGGGGCUCGUGCACUAGACAGAUGUAACCACAGAAAUGUAGUAUUUUUUCAACCACAAUGAAAUUUACAGAUCAAAAUUGCGAAAUCAGUUAAAGCGAGUUGAGUAUACAAAUAAUUUUAUUGUGUAGUCAUUCAAUCAGUCAUUUUAUUUACACUUUGGUCAAAAGUGCCAUAUUCUGUGUCUGAUAAUGUUGAUCGGAAGAUUUUGAUUGAAAGAUAUUCAAAGUGUAUCAAGAAACAUUAUACUCGAUUUAUAUGAGGUUGAGCAAUGCUGUGCAAUGCUCAAUCGGAACUGCACUGCCGUUCAUUCUGUUAAAACAAAUAAUAAAUAAACCUUUCAAGAUGAUGCCGCUUUUUGAAAGAAACAUGUUUUACUAUAACUUAAAAUUUCUUUUUUAAAACAAUAGUCUAAAUUUGUCAGUUACAAGGGUGGCUAUACCUUUAAAAUGCAUGUAACACUCGUUCGAUGAUAGUGUAUUACUCAUAUAUAUUAUAUAAUCUACCAUGCAAUGUGGUAUAAAUUUUUUCUUUACAAGACUGUGUACAUAACUAUUUUGCAUGCUACGCUCACGUACUUUGCAAGCAAGUUUAUGAGAGAAUACGCCAAAAUUGAUAUAUUUAAUCUUAUCGCAGCAACGUGUUCUAAAAAAAUGAAACUAAUUCUCAAUUAGCCAACUCUAAUAAUUUGAAACUUCAAUAUUAUCUGCUGUAUGUAUUAAAAAAAAUACUUUUGUAACUGGAAUGUUUGCGUUUAGACGAACUGCAUUACUAGUUAAUUACUUGAAAAAUAUGUCUUCCGCACUACUUACGAUAUUGAAUUUUUCACAUAAAAUAUUUUCCACUUAUAGUUAUUUGUGUUUAUCUCUAAGCAUACAUUACGAUCAUAUCUUAUUUCAUGCUUAUUAUGAUUUCUCAAAAAGGAAAAUAAUUUUGCCAAGGUAUUGAUACCUGUAAGCGCGUUUUUGCACCGUAAAUUAAACUCAGUACGUUAGAAGUAAAGAUGCACGUUUAAAUCAGGAGAAUGAGUUUGUUUUUGUAAAAUUCAACGAAGUCGAUAACGCGAAACACGUAAGAAUAAAAACAGUAGAAAUGAUAACAAUAAUCGUAGAACUGAUGUAUCAUAAUCUACGAUAAAAGCGGUUGACGGGAAAACGAAAAUAACAGUUAGAUAGAGCAAAGCAUUAUUAUAAAUAUAUAUUGACCCGCUAUCCUUCCCAGAGUUGAUUAUUUUUGCGCAAUGAUAAUAUACGAGUGAGACGAAUAAAUAGUCGUAAAUAUACGCAUAAGUAUACAGCGGAAAAUGUCUAAAAGUCUAAAGUGUCAGGAGCUGGUGACGGCGAUAAUUGAAUCCCCGAAUUACGUAUUGAAUUUUCGCUCUACGUAAGCUCAUUUUGCAUAUCGUUAGCAUGCCACCUGUGAGUUGUAAAUGUCUCAAUAGUCUUUCUACGUAAUGUUUUUUCACGCACUGACUUUAGUAUUUUCUGUACAAAUCUUCAAGUCUUCUAGAUAUUUCAUCGAGUACUUGCAAAUACCUCUUUAAUAUUGAGAUUAUCCAAUAAGCUGUUUAUAAUAGUUUGCAACGUAUUACUUGAAAAGAAAAACGAGAUGCUAUAAUGUUUUUGUCUGAGCGAUUUAUUCAAUCAUAAAAAUAAAUUAACUAAGUGAUUCUGCGAAAACAAUGGUUGAAAGUAAAUUUUAAGGAAAUCGUAUAUAGGAGAUGAAAAGUUUGCAUCAAUAUUUUAAUUAAAAACUACUUUCAUCGAAAACUGUAGCAUGAAAGCGUGUAUUUAGUAACACAUUUUUAUUCUACAAACGACCAAUUUUAUUGCAGUAGCUUAUUCGUAUGUGGCCAUAAUUUGCGAAAAAGAGUACAUUUUGAAGAGUGCCGUUUUCAUCACUCACAUGAUCGGAAUUAAACGAAUGAAACUAGUGUUGUUUGCCCCUAAGAAUUUGUGAAUUUUGCGUUGAUAUUGUUACAAUUGAUAAAUAUAUUCGUUUAAUUUUAUAUCCCGUAGAUUCUUAUACUUGUUAUAUUCUGUCUGUAGUAUUUCUUAAAUGUUCCUUAUAGGCAUUGGAUUUAGUGCUGUUCCGAUAAUUUUACAAACGUUCAACCCGACCUUCGCACGAUUUUCCACUAAUUUGUAUAUGACUAAUAGUUAAAAAUAAGCUCGAACUUGCUUGAAGUAAUAGCAGCACGAAGUCCGAAGACGUUCGGUUUUCUGCCUAUAUAGAACACAUCGCUUACAAAUUUCACAAGAGACAAAUAAAACAAAUGCGUUUCUAUAGUUGAAAAAAAUUAUAUAAAUUAUAUAUUAUAUAUCAUACACGAGACUCUAGUCCCGCAGCAAAAGCAGCAGCAGCAGCAAGUAUCAUGUGUGCGGCGUGACAAUUUGUCCGUCCACCUAUCCGCGCGAUUUCAUAUACAUAUAUUAAAUGAUAAUGAUACAAAUGAAGGGAGAGCAGAAAGCGAAAGGUAGAAAUAAGCGAAUAAGUAACUUAAAUGGUAGAUUACAGUGUCGUUGUAGUCGCGCCUCUUUAUGUUUCUGCUAAUCGUAGCAAGUUGUACGACAACUCGUUAUUAUAUAUUUAUGAAAUGAGAAAAUACGAAUCCUCCUUUCGCUUAGUUGUACGUACCGCGACCUUCUGUAAUUAGUUUCUUGCGUUAGCCUGUAUUAAUUAUGAUUACUAGAUAAGUAAUUGUAUAUUUUCGAGAAUUGAUUGAGUAUUGUUUUAUUUUUAUCUUUCGUCACAUGAAGAUUAAAAAAAACUACGGAUUACGUAUGUUACUCAAUGAGUAAUGAUUAUUCUUAAGGAUUUACCGUACAGUGAAAUCUGAAAGAAACAAAAGGAAAUGAUUUUUAUUCAUUUAUGACUUACCUCAUGUUAUCGUUACCUGCAUUGCAACAAAUUUUGAAUAAAAGUUACAUUGGAUGGAAUAUAUUUUUGUAUAAAGUAUGAAAUAUGAAGUGUAAAUAUAAUUACUUUAAAUAUAUAUCAUUUUAUUGGAAGAUUUAUUGAGUAAAGAAUACAAAUGAGAAUUUCAUUCUACGGUAUAAUCCCUUCAAAACAAUUGUAUUUUAGCGCUUGUGUGGAGAGAAAGUAUUUUCCACUGAAAAUUAGAUAAAAAAAGAACAAAUAUAAAGAAUGAAACUGCAAAGUGGCAGUGAGCGUUGACAGCCUUGAAUUAUAUCCUGACAAAGUAAAAAAGACAUAUCGUUACAUGAAUUUACGUAGCAAAAACAGAUGUAAUUUUCAUUUUAUCCAUAAACAAAUCUGCUCGCAAAUAAAUAUGUGUUUAAAAGCUCUUGAUCGUAUAAUAUCGAGCCGACAAAGUAAUUAUCGAUAAAUAACUUGAAAACGAAUCUAUCAUUGAAAAUAAAUAUUAAUUUUUAAAAAAUUCUCAAAAUAAAUUUGAUAAUUACUUCGUUGACCUGAAGCUAUCUGGUAAGAAGAGAAGAAAAUUAAAGCACUUUAAAGGUCGCGUACGAAUUUCCCCGUGUUCUUGUAUCGACGCUCGAUUCUUUGAUAUUAUGAAAAAAAAGAGAAUAAUAUUAAGAAGCUUAAUAAGCAGCAUAUCGAGAUGUGGAACUCGAGCGAGACGAUAAUAAUUAAAAAAACAAGAGAAGACUAAUUUAAUCAUUCCUCCGUCGCGAUUCGUCGCGCGCAUACCUAAUACAAGUAAGCGAGAACAAAAUAAAUAAUGAAACAAAAUCAAUAAAUCUAAAUAGCAACAAUUAUCGAUAUGCUAUUACAAUGCUCUGAGAAUAUUAAUUUGUCGAAGACAGCGACGACGAUGCUUGCGCUUCUCACUACUUCUAUCCUCCUUUUUUGAAUUUUUCGUUGUCGUUGAAUAGUACAAUUUUUAGUCUUCACACGAGUCAUUGAUCAUCAUCGUUGUCAUUGUGCUACUACUUUAGUAAAUGAUGUAUCGCCCGCAUUAACCAUUUAACUGUCGCCCAUCGACUUCGUCGUCGUCGUUGUCGAUGUCACUCGAAUCGUCACUAAAUAUUAAGAUACAACUAUUGCCUACUCAAUGUACAAUAUGUAGUAUUUACCUGUUGUUACCACCGAACCGUCGUCAAAGAUAUAUAAAAUAUUGUCAUU